AGGGAAACGCCUCCUCUUCCUCCUCCUCCUCCUCCUCUGUGGUGCUUCAGCGGAGUUUCUGCUCUUCCACGGCCGUGCUGUCUGACCACUGAACGCGACGUGACAUGGCCUCUAACCGGGUGAUCGUGUACGGCGGGCGCGGCGCGCUGGGAUCCAAAUGUGUGCAGCAUUUCAAGUCCCAAGGAUGGUGGGUCGCCAGCAUCGACAUGGCCGCGAACGAGGACGCGAAUGAAAACGUGAUCGUGAAGAUGAGCGAGUCCUUCACCGAGCAGGCGGGACAGGUGACGGCAGACGUGGCCCAGUUGCUGGGGGAGCACAAGGUGGAUGCCAUCUUGUGUGUGGCCGGUGGAUGGGCAGGAGGAAACUGCAGCUCCAAAGACUUGUACAAAAACACAGACUUGAUGUGGAAGCAGAGCGUGUGGACCUCCACCAUCUCCAGCCACCUAGCCUCCCUGCACCUGAAGUCUGGGGGGCUCCUGACUUUGGCCGGGGCAAAGGCGGCCCUGGCAGGAACUGGGGGUAUGGUGGGCUACGGCAUGGCCAAGGCCGCCGUCCACCAGCUGUGUCAGAGUUUGGCAGCCAAAAACAGUGGGAUGCCACCAGGAGCUGCAGCUGUCGCUAUUCUGCCCGUUACCCUGGAUACGCCCAUGAACAGGAAGUUCAUGCCCAAUGCAGACUUCAGCUCCUGGACGCCACUGGAGUACAUCGCAGAGACGUUCUUCAAGUGGGCUGCAGGUGAGAACAGGCCUGCCUCAGGAAGCCUGAUGCAGCUUCUGACCUCUGAAGGUCAAACCCAAGCCGUGGCUGCUCAGUAGAGGGCAGCUGAGGGGGGGUCGGAUGGGUGGAGGAGAGGAGAGCUGGAGAAGAGAGGGAGAAAAGGUUAAUAAAGACAGCUGGAGGUAAAAAGACUGAAAAUGAGAGGAUUGAGGAAGAGCAGACUCGCAGUGCCAUCUAGCGGCAAACACUACAACUGUCCCGGUUUAACAGAACUGUUAAAUCUCCAACUGUUCUUCCUGAUGGCCCAUCAGAGGCUAAUGGUACUACAGAACCUCAGACAUCAGUAUCGUGCUAAAUGAGAUGUUUCAGUGUAUGUGUGAGGCUGCUGUAGAGCCACAGCAGCUAAUAGAGCCGUACUUGUGAUGCUUCGCUGUGUGUGACGUCAUGUCGUGGCAGUGUUAUAACAGCAGGUUGAUGUGUGAGGACCAGCAGAGCUUUACCGGAGGUUCUCCGUCCUCUGAAGGAGCUGGUUCCAGUCUCAGGCCUGAUGGCCGGUUUGUUCACUGUGUCCACUCUCUGAAGUUCUGCUCCACAGAUGAAUCCCACCGAGUGUUUACAAAUGGAGUGGCCUUAUUCUCCCUCGUAGCUCUGAAGUGUCCUUCAUGCUGUUGGUAUGUCACAAGUGUUGUGCUGAAUUUUCCUGUAACGGUCCAACAUGUGAUGCCUCCAAGUAAACAAAUACAAUAAAGAAAAAUUCACCUGGUAAACAAACAAAA